UCUGAUCAACAUGUCUCUCACCUCUUUGCUCUUGGCCGGGCUUCUGCUGGUCACCACAGCAACAGCCUCACAUUUUUACGGAGGCUCAAUGACCUUCAACCCAAGAAGGAACUCUGAUGGAUCAUACAAGGUUGAACUUCGCUACAAGACAACCUACCAUUCCUGUUACGGAUCUGAGUACUGGCAAUGCAACUCUGGAAACUGUGGAAAUGAUGUCAGCUCUGUGAUUGGUAAAGUAGAUUCAAGUCCCAAUGGCGACAAUUGGUGUCAGUCUGAGGGAGUGAUGAUAAAGAAGGUUUCCAACAACAGCCCAUUCCAGCUCCUCAAAAACAGUUGCUGCUGGAUUUUCAACACAGUCACAAAUUCUGGAGUCUGGAGUCUUCUCACUUACAUUGACCUUGGAGUGAGAUCGGACACCUCAGAGCCCAACCGAUCGCCAAUAUCCACCACUCUACCAUUUAUCAGAGUUCCUCAGAAUUGUCCCAGGAGGUACAAUCUUUUAGCUUUUGAUCCUGAUGGUGACCAUGUCAGAUGCAGAUAUGGACUCAGACAAAACCAGGAGUGUGGAAUCUGCAACCAACCUGCUGGUUUUACAUUGGAUCAGCAUAACUGCUCUCUGUCAUAUUCGCAUACAAGUGUCCGGGGAGUUUAUUCAUUUGAGCUGGUGCUGGAGGAUUUCCCCAUUCGCAAGAUUACUCUGUCCUACACCAACCAACCUUCAAAAGUAAUAUCUCCACUCAGUUUCAUCAGAAACCGACGUGCUGCUCUUAAUUAUGGAACUACUACUAUACUACAUACAACAGACGAAUUAACAACCACAACUACAUUUGAGACAACUCAGACGCUAGCUGAGACAACCACCAUGACUACAUCUGAUCCAACAACAACUGACACAACAACUGAUGCAACUACAACAACUGAGUCAACAACUGAAACAACAACAACUGAGCCAACGACAACCGAGAUAACGACACCUGAGACAACAACUGAGACAACGACACCUGAGACGACAACUGUGACGACGACACCUGAGACAACGACACCUGAGACGACACCUGAGACAACGACAACUGAGACAACGACUCCUGAGACGACGACACCUGAGACAACAACACCUGAGACAACAACUGAGACGACGACACCUGAGACAACGACACCUGAGACAACGACACCUGAGACGACAACUGAGACAACGACACCUGAGACAACGACACCUGAGACGACAACUGAGACAACGACACCUGAGACAACGACAACUGAGACAACGACACCUGAGACGACAACUGAGACGACGACACCUGAAACAACGACACCUGAGACGACAGCUGAGACAACGACACCUGAGACAACGACAACUGAGAUAACAACAACUGAGACGACACUUGAGCCAACGACAACUGAGGAAACGACAACUGAGACAAGCACCAUGACAACCACAAUAGCCACUACUACAAAAACAACAACCACAUUUCCAAUAACAACCACUGCAGCAUCAACAACUACAACGACUUCUGUGCAACUGAGCAAAAUACCUCUUCAGUUUUCACUUCAAGUCGAUGGUCAAGCACCAUCUUGCACUGAGGGUGAAUAUCUACCACGGUUCCUCCACCCAACUCCACAUCAUGGAGAACAGCUGCAGGCUCGUGUGAAUCAAGAGCUGGAGAUCAGAGUGAAAGCUUAUGCAUCUUUUUCAAAAAUCAUUGAUGUCAUCAUUAGUGGUCCUCUGAACAGCACAAAGUACAAAACCACUACUGGGGAAUAUGUGAUUAACUGGACACCAAUUGCAGAGAACUUAGGCCAACACUUUCCAUUUUGCUUCAUCGCAGAAGGACAACAUGGAUCUAAUAUUUACCACUCUGAGAUGAGGUGCGUUGUUGUACAAGUGAAUCCUAAAGGACCCAAGGCAAAUGUAACCUGCACUCAAAACUCAAUGUCAGUAACAAUUGAGAGAUCCUCCAUCAAAAACCUCCAUGGUGACCAUUUGAGACUGAUAAAUCAAUCUUGCCAAGUUUACACCAACAAUACCCACUUGUUCACCACCACACGCCUGAACGACUGUGGCACUCAGAUUGAGGAGAACAAUAACGAACUCAUCUUCAAGAAUAAAAUCAUUACAUAUGAUGAUCCCAGAAACAUUAUAACCAGAAAGGAUCAGCUGGAAAUUGAAAUUCUGUGCAAGUACCAGAAAAGGACCAACGUUUCUAUUGAGUUUGAAGCUCACAGACCACCAGUCACCAUCUCAGAAAGGGGUUUUGGCACAUUCAACUAUCAGUUCGAGUUUUAUGCUUCUCAAAAUUUCCAGAAUAUGAGGGCUCCAGAAUCUUACCCACUUGAGUACAAUGUGGGCGACAAGAUCUACAUGAAGAUCGAGCCCGUCACUCCAGUCCCAAACACUGAGAUCUUCCUCGAGUCGUGUGUGGCUACACCUUACGAUAAUCCCAGUUACCCAAUCUCCUAUCCCAUCAUCAAGAAUGGAUGCAUCAUGGAUGAAACGGUUCUGUUUCACUCAAGCCACAAACCAUAUGUCGAGUUUGAAAUGGAGGCCUUCAGAUUCAUUCAGUUCCAUGACCAGGUGUUCAUCAGCUGCUCAAUAAUCAUAUGCCAGGCGAACAAUCCCAACACCCGCUGCUCUCAGGGCUGCAGUAAAAGCACAGUCGCUCCACCAGUCCACCACCAUCGCAAAAGAGAGGCUCCCAUCCAGACCGGCAGUCACUUCAUCUCCCAGGGGCCCCUGCGGCUGAAGAGGAGCGCAUCACAGGUCACCGUAAGCCCGGGUCUGAAUCUAAACCUCCUUGUCGUCGCUGUGUGUCUCGUGGCAGCAGUAGCCAUGGUGUGCGGAGUGAUCUUCUACAGAGCCAGAGAGCAAAGGAUCAAAUACAAACCCGUGCCGUCAAACGAGUUUUAAUCACGUCAGAUCUGUUUUGUUAUUUUUUGAAGCAUAAUGCUCUAUUUUUCCUGUCAAAACAGAAUUAGCAAGUUUGUGUGCACUGGAGAGUGUGUUUUUCUUUCUUCUGUAAUGAUGUUCAGUAAAAUAAUGUGAGUUUAAAACAGUUUGGGAAUAUGUAAGCAGUCACCCUUUACUUUGGGAACCAUUUCUCAUUAUUAACUAUGACUUUUGCCUCACGAAACUCCGAAUUUGUCAAUAAGCAUGCUUAUAAACAAUAAGCCUGAACCACUAUCAUUUAUGUUUUUAAACUUUGAUAAGUUUGAUUCAUGCUCAAUCAGAUUUAAAUGAAUCAGUUCAAACUGUCUGUUUCAGUCAACCAUUUACAACCAAUUGAACUCAGUUAAUUUGUGAAAAAAAAAUACUAAAAACUGCACAGAAGUCUCUUUUUUCCCCAUAUAUUCAAAUGUUUUUGCAAUUUUAUAUGUUGGCAAAUCUGUUUUAAUUGUAUGUAUUAUGUUGGUGUAUGUUGGUAAUUCUUCAUGAAAACAUGCCUUGAUUGAAGUGCAUGACUGACAAUCAUCUGAAAUACAAUGAAGAGAAAACUCCCUUCUGUCAUGAACCCUUAAGCAUUUAAUAAACCCUGAAUAAACCAGAGAAACUUAAUACAAAAGUCAUUAUAUUUAGCCAUCAUUAUACAAAAAUAUUUGACAGCUAGAAAUGGGCAAACUGAACAAUCACAAUCAAGUAUUUCAGAGAUCAUAAAUAAUGAUUUUUUUUUUUUUUUUUUUGGACUUUUUAAUCUUGAUGGCUGGAUUUCCUAAUAAAAAUAUGGAGAUUUAGUUUAAGAUCUGAAAGUUUUACAUGCUAAUGACUGGCAUUUUGAGCACAGUCCAAAAUUGCAUGAACAUGAGCUGCAGAUCAAUUAACAGGAAGUUCAGCAUCAGUUAGUAGUAGCACAGGAAUUCAUUUGCUCUUCUAGCUCAACUUGUAUGGUUUCAUUGUAGUGUCUCUUUAAUUUUUCCCAGAAAGCCUUUUUUCUGAGUCGGACCUGAUUUGAUUUUCUGAGAACGAAAUGAAAAAUAACUUCAAAGACAACACCUCUUUAAUAAAACAAAAUCAAAUGAGUCAGGCGGAGUUUUGUGGUUGAAUUUUCUUUCAUACAUGCAAUGUCCAAAUAAUAAAAAUAAAAUGUGCUUAUUCCUUGUAGCAUGCAUAUAAUUGUAUAUUAACAUAUUUCACUUGUAUAUGUUUGUAUAUGCUAUAUAAAAUA